AUGGUAUUCGAUAGAAAUAAUAAUAAUAAAAACCCAAAUAGUGUUAAAUCUUCAGAAGUUUUAACUUCAUCAACAUCUUCAAUGAUAUCUUCACCUUCUUCAUCAAAAGAUUUAUUACAAAAUAAUCAAAGUGUUAAUGAUUUUUCAUCAAUACAAGUUUCAGAAUCAGAAUCCAAACCUUCAAGAACUGUUAUAAUAUUGACUUUAGUUUCUUCAAUAUCUGGAUUUAUGUUUGGUUAUGAUACUGGUUAUAUAUCUUCUGCUUUAGUCCAAAUCGGUACUGAUUUAUCAAAUAAAAUUUUGACCUCUGGUGAAAAAGAAUUGAUAACAUCAGCAACUUCAUUAGGUGCUUUAUUGGGUGCAAUUUUAGGUGGGGUAUUGGCUAAUUUGAUUGGUAGAAAGAAGGUUUUAUUAGGUUCAAAUAUUAUUUUCAUAGUUGGUACUAUCAUUCAAUUAGUUGCAAAACAUGUUUGGACAAUGAUUGCUGGUAGAUUUGUUUUAGGUUGGGGUGUUGGUAUUGCUUCAUUAAUUGCUCCUUUAAUGUUAUCGGAAUUAGCACCUUCAAAAUAUAGAGGUAGAUUAAUCGUUACAAAUGUUAUGUUUAUUACUGGUGGUCAAUUAGUUGCUUAUUUAAUUAAUUGGGGUUUAACAAGAGUUGCACAUGGUUGGAAAGUUUCAGUUGGAUUAUGUAUGGUUCCACCAGCUGUACAAUUUGUAUUAUUUUGGUUUUUGCCUGAUACUCCAAGAUUUUAUGUUAUGAAUGGUGAAUUUGAUCGAGCUAAAAAAGUUCUUAAAAAGAUUUAUAAUGAUCCAUCGGACGCUUUUGUCGAUGCUACAAUUGAUGAAAUGAUUACUUCAAAUUCACAAGUUCCUGGUAAAAAUCCAUUAUAUAAAGCCUGGGAAUCAAUUAAAAUUAUUCAUAAAACACCAGGUAAUUUUAGAGCUUUAAUUUUAGCUUGUGGGUUACAAGGUAUUCAACAAUUUACUGGUUUCAAUUCAUUAAUGUAUUUCAGUGCUACAAUUUUUGAAACUAUUGGUUUUCGUAAUCCAACGGCUGUUUCUAUUAUUGUUGCUGCAACAAAUUUUGUUUUCACAGGCAUUGCUUUAUGUAUAAUUGAUAAAGUUGGUAGAAGAAAAAUAUUGUUGAUUGGUAUACCAUGUAUGUGUAUUGCAUUAAUUGUUUGUGCAAUCGCAUUCCAUUUUUUAAAUGUUGAUUUUUCUUCAGGUGGUGAAGUUAUUUCAAGAGGUAUUAAUGGUUGGGGUAUUGUUGUUAUAAUUGGUAUGAUUUUAUACGUUGCUUCUUAUGCUAUUGGUAUUGGUAAUGCAGCUUGGGUAGGUGUUGAAUUAUUUUCAGAUGUAAAUGUCAGAUCAAUUGGUGCAAUGUAUGCCGCUUCAACAAAUUGGGCUGGUUCAUUAGUUAUUGCAUCAACAUUCUUGACUAUGUUACAAAAUAUAACACCAACUGGUACAUUUUCAUUCUUUGCUGGUUUAUGUUUUAUUUCAUUUUUGUUUGUAUUCUUUUUAUUACCAGAUACUGCAGGUUUAGAAUUAGAAGAAACUACAGAAUUUUUAGCUAAUGGUUUCAAUGUUAGACAAGCAAAUCAAAUUUCAAAACAAAGAAAGAAGAAUUCAAAAUUUACAACUUUGAAUAGAACAACUACAGUAUAGAAAAAAUUGCUACAACUACUUUUUAAUGAUGUUAAUGAUUUAGAUUUUAUUCAAUUCAAAAAUAAUAUUUAAUAUUUCUAGUUACUUUUAACAAUGCAUAAUAAUUAUUUAUUUUAAUAAAUGAUCAUGAAAUAUUUGAUCAUUUUGUAGUGAUAUACUUUUUGAAACAAUUUUUGCAACAAUGAAACGACAAAUGAAAAAAAAAAAAAAAAAAAAAAAAAAAAAAAAAAAAAAAAAUUAAAAAAAAAAAAAAUUCAAUUUAAUAAUCAAAAACCAAUUUUGAUUGUAAAUUCCAAUUAAUCUUCAACAAAAAACGUUAAAUAUUAUCAAGUGUUUUUAAUUACAUUACUUGUAAAUAGAAUAAUUAUUCAUUUUAACUUUUGCUAAUACAUUAUAUUAAAUAUAAUUCAAAUGUUAACAGAUGUCAAAUAAUAACAAGAGUAAUAAUUAUCGAAAUAAUUAUAAUAAUAACAAUAAUAACUACCAUCAUCAUCAUAAUAACCCAAAUUAUCAUCAUAGAAACUAUAGUAAUAAUAACAACAAUAACAACAACAACAACAACAACUAUAACAAUAAUCAUCAUCGAAUACAGCAUAGAAAUGACCAUGUGUAUAAACAAUCACAUAACAAUAAUCAACAACAAGCAAAUCAUCAUCAACCACGAGCACAACAACAACAUGUACCAGCACAACAACCAGCUUUACCUUCACAACGAGAAAUUAAUGAACCAGAAACUAUCAAGGGUCCAGUAAGAGAAAUGAACAGAUUACAAGAUUAUGAAAUAUUGGAAAAAUUAGGUCAGGGAACUUUUGGUGUUGUACAGAAAGCUAAAAGGAGAUCAACUAAUGAAGUUGUUGCAAUCAAACAAUUAAUUAAUCAUUCUGCAAAAGAAGGUUUCCCACUAACGGCAAUGAGAGAAAUUACAAUCUUGAAACAAUUGGAUCAUACAAAUAUAUUAAGAAUUCUGGAAAUGAUAUUUGAAGAAGGUAAAAAUAAUGCAAAUUCUGAAAUUUAUAACAGAGGUUCAUUUUAUACUGUAUCACCAUAUAUGGCGAGUGAUUUAGUUGGAUUACUUGAAAACCCGAAAAUUAAGUUACAGUUGAAUGAAAUGAAAUGUUUAACACAACAAUUAUUAAGAGGUAUACAAUAUAUUCAUGAGCAAAAUUAUUUACAUCGAGACAUUAAAGCAGCCAAUAUUUUGAUAGAUUCUAAUGGUAUUUUAAAAAUUGCAGAUUUUGGUUUAGCUAGAUUAUAUCAUGGCACUGUACCGAGAAAAGGAAUGGGCCCAGGAGGAGGUGAAAGAGCAUAUACUAGUUUAGUUGUUACAAGAUGGUAUAGACCACCAGAAAUUUUACUCGGAGAAAGAAAAUAUACCACAGCAGUUGAUAUUUGGGGUAUUGGUUGUGUAUUUGCAGAAUUAUUUACAAGAAAACCUAUAUUGGUAGGUAAAUCAGAUGCUCAUCAAGCUCAAUUAAUUUUUGAAUUGAUUGGUCCUCCAACUGAUUGGGGAGAUGCUGCAAGAUUACCAAAUAAAGCUGAUUAUAGUAUUGGUUUAAGUUGUAAAAGAACAUUGGAAGCAAAAUUCGAUAAAAUUAUGCCCAAGUUAGCUAUAAACUUAUUAAGUGGAUUUUUAACUUUAAAUCCUUACAAAAGAUUAAAUGCUUUAGAUGCUUUGAAUCAUGAUUUUUUCAAAACUGAUCCUUUACCUUUAAAACCUGAAGAAUUACCAAAAUAUGAAGACUGUCAUGAAAUUGAUAAAGAGAAAUUUAAAAAAAUGAAAGAUAUUCAACAUAGAGAGAAACUAAUGACUGAUUUAAAACCACCAACUGAACCAAGAUUUGAAAAUAGAUCAGAAAAUAGAAAUAAUAAUGAUGUUAAUUCAAAAUAUGGCGAAGAAGAUUAUGAUUAUAGAGAUGAAGAAGAACCAUUUUAUAAUGAUGAGCAAGAGUUUCAAUCAUCUAAACAAGCUCCACCCCCACCACCCCAAGAACAAGACAGUCAAUUAAAAGAUAAACCUGGAUCAAGAGGUAGACAUGAUGUUUAUAGACCUCAACAACAACAACAUCGUCAAUAUAAUCAAUAUGGUAGGAAUAAUAGAAAUGAGGAUAACCAACAACAUGGUAGAUAUAAUAGAAAUCAAGACGAUGAUCGAUAUGGUAAAUAUAAUAGUAGAACUCAAAGAGACGAUCAGUAUCAGCAGUAUGAUAAAUAUAGCAAGUCCCAAGAUGAUGAUUAUCAUCAUAGAGAACCAUGGAAAGAUCAACGUGAGGAGUUUUUGGAAGAACAACAUUCUCAAGCAAGGAGGCCACAAUCAAAAGAUAGAUCAAUUUCAAGAGACAGUUCACAUUAUCGACCACGUUAUCAAAAAGAUGUCAAUGAUAAAGCUCCUGAAAUCAAGCGUAGUGAAUACUACGAUGAUAGACGUGAUUCAAAUGUUCCAAGAGAUCAACAACCACCACCUAAAUCAUUACCUAAAAUACCACCAACUCCAACCGGACCAAAAGCACAUCAAACUGAGCCAAUUACAUCUUCAUCAAGAAUUAGAAGUGCAACUGAAAAAGAUUCAAUUAAAUCUAAAUAUGAAAAUUAUAAACCAAUAAGUACUAUUUCACCAGCAAUGUCAUCUCAUAAUGAUAUAUCAGGAUCAGUAACUCCAAAAAACCUUCAAUCUUCAGCAACUGAAAAAGAAGCUUUGAAGAAAUCUAAUCAAAGUACAAUAACUAUGGUUCCACCUCCUUCUGCAAGCAAUGCAUCCAGUAUUGCCUCAUUGCCAUCAAAACCAAGGAAUUUUGCAAGAGAAAAAUCAAUGUCAAGUGAGAAAAGAGAACCAAUAGUGAUGAAAGUAGAAGAUAAUGAUGUGAAAGAAAUUAAGAUAACAUCGAAGGAUAAAUUAUCAGAUUUAAAAGAUAUGGGCUCUGGUCCACCGAUAAGUCAAACGAUGGAACAAACUACUACAAGUCAAGAUAUAAUAACACCUAAGAAUUCAGCUGAAAGAGUCAGUAAUGAUGUUAAGAGUUCACUAAAAUCAUCCGCCUAUAAACCAAAUAAAUUGCAAUUUGAUUCAAUCAAGAAUAAAAUACAUGCAAUUCCAUCAGGUAAUAUAAAACCUUCUUUAUCGCCCAGCCCAAGAUCUGGUUCAUCAACAACGCAUAAACCGAAGGUUGAUUCACCCUUAUCAAAGAAAGUUAUCUCAAUAUCAUCAGGUAAGAAAGAGACUACAUCCAGAAAACGUAAACGAGAUAAUGAUGAUGUAGGAAAUGAGAGCAAAAGAUAUCAAUGUAAAGAUGAAUAUGGUAGUAAUCUCACUGAUGCAGAAGAAGACGAUGACUUUAAAGGCAAUGAUAAAGAAGUGUUGGAUAAAUUUUUGGAUCAACCAGGCUUAAAAAGAAGUAUUAUUUACAGGAAAUUUUUAAACGAAUAA